CCUCAUCUCUUUUCUAAAGUUACUUCUUGUUAUUCUGAGGUUGUGCCCUCUGCUCCUGGACUCUCCCACUAGUAGAAACAUCCUUUGCACAAGAGAGAAAGCUAACUCUGAAGGACUAAUACCGGAGCAGAAUGAGUGCGGAAGCAGCUGAUCGGGAGGCAGCAAUCUCCAGCCGCCCCUCUACUCCACCCCAGACUAUCUGGUUUGAGUUUCUGUUAGAUGAAGGAUUGCUGGAAAAACACUUGCAGAAGUGUUAUCCAGAUCCUUCACCAAUUCAGCUGAUCAUCCAGUUUUUGGAGCAGGCCUCCAAGCCAUCAGUAAAUGAGCAGAACCAGGUCCACCCACCGUCUGACAACAAGAGGAACCGCACAUUGAAGCUUCUUGCUCUCAAGGUCGCUGCACACUUGAAAUGGGAUUUGGAAGUGUUGGAGAAAAGCUUGACCGUGCCCGUGCUGAAUAUGCUGCUGAACGAGCUGCUUUGUAUCAGCAAGGUUCCUUCAGGUGUAAAGCAUGUUGAUCUCGACUUGUGCAGCCUGCCUCCAACCACCACCAUGGCUAUCCUCGUGUACAAUCGCUGGGCUGUGAGGACAACUGUUCAGAGUAGCUUUCCAGUGAAACAAUUAAAAGCUGGGCCUCCACAAUUAAACAUAAUGAGCCAGAUGCUGCAAGAAAAGGAAUUGACAGAUAACAUUUUAAAAGUGCUUAAGGAGCAGGCUGAAGACUCCAUUCUGGUUUUAGAGAGAGCGCUCCAGUUGACCACGAAUCUAUAUGUACACACUAUGAAGACCCUGGACCAGAUAGUAGCAGAAUCUUGCCUAACAAAUGGCGACACAGAAAGCUCGACAGCCGGAUUACAAAUCAGUGCGGACGAAAUGCAUUGCCAGGUUUGCUACGAUCUGGGCACUGUGUUCUUCAGUCAAGGCUCUUCGAGUCCACCUAUCUACGAAAAAGCCAAGGAACACUUAUUCAAAACCAAUGAACUGCUCUCAAAGAUCGGAGCUGAACUCGUUCAUUGUCAGAUUGACCAGAAAAGAUUGGAUGGUUACUGCCAGGCCUGUGCAGUGCUAACAGACCCAUGCGAAGUAAAUGAACUGCAGCUAACAACAUAUGGCCGGGUACAUCACUGUGUUAAAUCCAGCAACUAUCAGGGAUUAAUUGAGAUUUUUCUCAAUGACAACGUUACUUUAAGUUUGUUGUCCCACUUCAGACAGUCUGUCCUGAGAGACCUUUUUCAAAUGGCUCACAAUGGGUAAGUAUGGUCAGCUCACCUUUGUGG